GAAGAGGAAGAAGAAAAUAAACAUGUCUUUGUGUAUGAGUUUGACCAGCAGAGGACAGUACACUUCUAACAUCAAGAGGACUCGACAGGAACUGAAAGAAGAAGACUAAAAGCCGCUCCAGGAUCGGUUUGAAUGAGCCACCAGCUUUGAUAGUUUGUUCAUUUGUUUUACCUAACUGGUUUGUUUGGGUUAUUUGGACUUGUAUCCUGCUGUGUAACGUUAUAAUGUCCGGCAUACCUCCAGACACAUGGCAGCCGCCCACCGUGGCUUUGGAGACCACGAUGGGGACGGUUCUGGUGGAGCUUUACUGGAACCAUGCCCCCAAAACGUGCAAGAACUUCGCAGAGCUGGGCAGGAGAGGCUACUACAACAACACCAAGUUUCACCGGAUUGUCAAAGACUUUAUGGUGCAGGCGGGGGAUCCUACAGGAACAGGUCGAGGCGGUGCCUCCAUUUAUGGUAAACAGUUUGAGGAUGAACUUCACCCGGACCUGAAAUUUACAGGCGCUGGAAUUGUGGCCAUGGCCAACGCAGGACCAGACACCAACGGAAGUCAGUUCUUCCUCACCCUCGGACCCACGCAGUGGCUGGACGGGAAGCAUAGUAUUUUUGGAAGAGUGUGCCAAGGCAUGGGUGUGCUAAACCGGAUCGGGCUGGUGGAAACAAACAGUCAAGAUCGUCCGGUCGAUGAUAUUAAAAUUGUCAGAACCACUUUACCUAUUUAGACAAAACGUCUUUUUUUAAUUUGUAUUUUUUUACUGCUUUGGAAAAUAAAUGCUAAAACUUCACAAGAGUUUUUUUUUUUUUUGCAGUGUUAAUGCUUAGAGAGUAAAGGAAUGAUGAAAAUUACCAACAUCAGGCAAAAUUAAAACAUAUUUAUCUACAUCAAAUGUCCUCUGGGAAACUCACGCAUGUCUUUCUUUUUAUGUAAGUCAGGAAGCAUUUAAGCUCAUUAAUACUUAAACAUCUCUGAGUUUUGUGGGGUUUUUUAACACACUGGACAUUUCUUAGAUGUUAAAAUGGGAGUCCCUAUGUGUAAAAUUAGCCCUGUCACUCAUGAUUGUGCCACUUAGAAAAUAUAUUUUUUUUCAAUUUUACAUCCACUGAAACAAAUACAAUCAAAUAAUUUUGAGUCUGUUUGGCAUCAGGGACAAAAGAUGCAUUGCACCAAUGUAUAAUGCAUAUUUGUUGUCCAAAUUACUAUAAAAAUCAAAAAAAUAUUCAAUGUUAAAAACGUUCAUCCCUCUUCCUGGGCAGACCAUCCUUUAUCAAUUUACGUAAACUAGUGAAUUAAGUGCUUCGCUGUUUGGCUCAGCUCUUCACCAUCCCCAUAGAAAGAUAUAAAUAAAUCCCUCCUACGCAAUAUUUUUUUUUCUUAAGAAAUGAACGCAUUUCUUUGUUUGAAACUCUCCACCACCAAAGUGCUGUCAAAGGACUUGGUGGGUGCGGCAAAAGAUGGAUUCUCCAAACUAGAAUAAAUUUAGAGGCUUGAUGAGACGAUGACUGCUGCUAGCUGGAGCUUUCUGAAACGGAAGAACAGAACAAGUCAGCCCCACAGUGGACGAUAUGUGAACAGCUUUAUCUGUUGGACAUGAAGUGGGGAAAAAAUGCCAGAUUUUGUGGUCUAAAUAUCCCUUAAGUGAGUUAAUUUGUUAGAAAAUCUCCAACUUGAGAUCAUGCUGUCUGCAUAUGUGCUUCAGAUAUGCAUGACUGACUAUCUGCACUGUGUGCCUGUUAUAAGCCUUUAUUUUUGUUUCAUAAACGAGUGCUUUUUAAAAUCUA